UUUAAAACUGUCAUAUGAUAUAUUCUAAACUUCCUUUUGAAUAAUUCUGAAUCUGUCAGUUAAACGUACUUUGCCACACACUUUUCAGUCCCCUUUCUCAAAACAAAAAUAACAAUAAUAUUCAGUAGGUAUGACAGCAGCCAUGUUGCAUGCUAUUCUCAACGCUUAGAGCUUUAUUGAUCAUACCUAAAGGACUCUGUAAUCCAUGCUAGAAUAUCCGCUCCCUGUCAUAUUGGUCUUAACCAAACAGCAACAACUGUGGAGAUCUCAAAAAUCAAUGAAUGCUUUUACAGCACUCAUGGUUGACGUGCCUUAGCGGGAGUCACAGGUGCAGACCAGCUUUUUAAAAAACUUGGUUCCAUGAUGUGAACUUCUGUAUGAUCAUAUGUUACAAGAGUGCAAUUAAGGGAACAGUAAACAUGGCAGAGAAACAACAGUUGGAAGAGUCGACCCCAUACCCAGUCUACCAAAAUUCCUCGUCUAGCAGUGAACCUGGCAUUGGGGUGCUGCAAUCCUUCCCACCAGUGAAUGUGGUUGUGGGGCCACAUCAAGGAAUAGAGUCUACUACAUUGCCCAAGAGUAUAAUCUUAAAGUGUGCAAUUAUACUGGUGGUUUGUGGAGUAUGCGUGUUGGUCUUGGGAGUGGUCUCUGCGUCGCUACAGAUCAUAUAUGGACAUGCCUUGACUGGAGUAUGGACAGGAUUCAUCUUUCUUCUAACAGGCAUCACUGGAAUUGCAGUCUCACACAAGAGUUAUAACUGUAACCGUCAGAAAAUGACUACAUUUGUGGCAUUAACGAUACUAUCCCUCAUUUCUUCACUUAUGUUGGUGGUGAUAGAAAGUUUUGCGGCAAAUCUGGAGUCUACAUAUUGUGGAGGAAAACAUUAUUAUUCAGAUGCUCAUAAAGUAUAUUAUUUUGAAUGUCCAGCUAGCUUGAUUGCAGGGCCGGAUACAAUCCACGCUCUAUUAAUUGUAAUGGGAAUAACAGAAGGAGCUAUAGCUUUCCUUAUUAUAGUUCUCUGUAGGCGUGUAGUAUGUGGAUCAAGGCUUCCUGUUAAUGAAAGUGGAAGUCAAGUUGUAUUUAAUAUGUAUCCACAGCAGGUUUAUAACAUACCCAAUAUUGGAGAUGCCCCUCCCAUUUCUCAACCCCCUCCAUAUUCUUCACCUCUGGUUUCUUCUCCAGAAUUCCCACCCACCUGUCAAUCCACUUGUGACAUGCCCUAUGCUCCUCCCCUGACUCCUCCCCCACCCACCUCUCAAUCAUCUACCUGUGACCCAUCCUAUGAUCCAGUCCAGGCUCCUUCUACCCCACCCACCUCUCAAUCAUCUACCUGUGAUGCUCCCUAUGAUCCUGUCCAUGUUCCUCCUACCACACCCACCUCUCAAUCAUCUACCUGUGACCCAUCCUCUGAUCCUGUCUAG